ACAUGAAAUAGCAAUAGGUUCAUCUGGUUCAUGCUGGUCAGAAACCGAUGUGGGCUGAUCUGUGCGAGAAGCGCGCAUCUCUCCAGAGGCGCACAGAGGCUCUGCGCUGGAUCUCUCCCGCACUGAUAUUUUCUCUCUCCAAACUGAGGCUCAACACACGGUUGACAUCAGCCUUUAGGGAUGGAGGGCACAGGCAGCGGCUGGGCAGAUGAGCUCACCCCUCCAUGCGUGAUGCAUGAGGUGAAUGGGAAUGACACCGGUCAGGUCUUCGAAGUGGCGCUGCAGAACGGCUCCUCCAAGCGCAGCCCCCAGUUUGUGGGUGUAGAGCUGCUGCAGUCCUUCAAGCUGCUCAUCAUUCCCUGCUACACUCUGGUGGCUCUGGUGGGCGUCUUCGGCAACUACCUGCUCCUCUAUGUCAUUUGCCGCACCCGCAAGAUGCACAACGUCACCAACUUCUUUAUUGGAAACCUGGCCUUCUCUGACAUGCUGAUGUGUGCAACAUGUGUCCCCUUCACACUGGCCUACGCAUUCAAUCCACACGGCUGGGUGUUUGGCCGCUUCAUGUGCUACCUGGUGUACCUCAUCCAGCCUGUGACGGUGUACGUGUCCGUCUUCACUCUCACUGCUAUUGGUGUGGACAGGUACUAUGCCACAGUUCAUCCUCUAAAAAAGCGCAUCUCAGUGUUGGGGUGCACCUACCUUCUGUCUGGGAUCUGGCUGCUGUCCUGUGGUCUGGUGGCUCCAGCUGUGGCUCACACCUACCAUGUGGAGUUUAAGAAUGAGGGCUUCACCAUCUGCGAGGAGUUCUGGAUGGGCCAGGAGAGGGAGCGUCUGGCCUACGCCUACAGCACUCUCUUCAUCACCUACGUCCUGCCUCUGUCUGCGCUCUGCAUCUCUUACCUUUGCAUCUCUGUCAAACUGCGGAACUGUGUUGUACCCGGCCACCAUACCCAGAGCCAGGCAGAGGCUCAACGCAUGCGCAAACGCAAGACCUUCCGGCUGGUGAGCCUGGUGGUGGCAGCCUUUGGCGUCUGCUGGAUGCCAAUCAGUGUGUUCAACGUGCUGCGUGACAUUGACAUUGACCUGAUUGAUAAGCGGUACUUUCUGCUCAUUCAGCUGCUGUGUCACCUGUGUGCAAUGAGCUCAUCCUGCUGUAACCCUUUCCUUUACGCGUGGCUGCACGACCGUUUCCGCGCAGAGCUCCGCAAAAUGUUCACAUGCCGCCGUCGCAUAGGCAUCUCGGCCAACAACUGCGCCACAGCCAGCGUGGUUUUGUGAAGCUCCGGUGUUUUAGACUGCUGUUGGUUAAUCCAGCAGAGUACACUCAAUUAAUUCCGGUAACAUUCAGGCAACGCAGGAUUAGACGGGUAGGAUGGCCAUUUGAUCAAUUUAUUUGAUAGUGAUAGUGGAGAGAGACUGUAUGGAAAUGACAUGCAGAAAAUAGGACUCAGAGAUGAGGAGCAGGCUGUAUACAGAGGCCUGGUGGGCUCGCUUCUUUUUUACUCCACACCCUUAGAUGUUAUUUAUUGUCAAACUUGGAGCCUUCAGCCCCAACCAGUGCUGACUUGAGUGAUAUCACCUGAGGCAAAUUUAUUCUGCAGCAGCUUAAUCUUGGAGCCACAAAAGGUUUCAUACAACUUGUUUUCACAGUAGCUCUCUCCAGGACUUGUUAACACAUUUUGAUGUAUAAAAUCAGUGGGGUUCCCCUUUAGGACUGAACAGAGUAGCUCAACCGUCGACAUCCGUGUGUGUUUGUCCAGAUGCGUAAUGUUGCGUAGCCUCCGUUUUGUGAAUUAGAAAUUCAAUUUAUAAUUAUUAUUUUUUAAAUGUCUCUUUCACAUGAGGCCAGUUUAUUGGAAAUGUAUGCAUUUGUGUUUGGACCUGAAAAACAAACUUCUUUUUGCCAGAUUAAAAUAUAAUAUAUAUAAUAUAUAAUAUCAUUAAAAGGCCUAAACCGACAGCUUCUUGCUAAUACUUUCUGACUUCUCUCAGCACCACGCUAUUGUUUUCCCAAUAAAGGAGUAAAACUUCAAAUGAGUCACAUAAAUAUGCUUUCUAUGGUACUGUAGUUGUCAGCUAAAUGUAUUCAAGCAGGAUCUUGUUAGUCUAUUUUCAGGGGAUUAGUGGAUAGCAAGUAUGUAUGGUAGCAGGAGGAUGUAUGUGGGAUUGCUGGAGAAUAAACCACAGUGCCCCUGUUCAUCCUAACGAGUGGUCAUGUCACCCAGUGCAGCUGUGGGGCUAUAAUAGGCUGUAGAUACAGUGCUCGUUAGUAGGAUUGAUUCAUUGUUUUCUUAUCAUGGGAUUUGUUUAAAACUAGAAAAAUACAUCACCAGAUUUAUUCUAUUCAUAAAUAUGUAGUAUUGUAUUUCCAUUUGCAAUAUCAGUCCCACCUAUUUAGGUUUGAAAAUGUGUAAAACACAACAUUACAAACACCUCAUUUCCAUUGUAGUUUUAAAUCACCAUGAAGAAAAGACUACAUUGCAACUGAACUGCCUCUUGGCCUGAAAGGCAGCCAUUGUGACAUAAAACAUGCUACUUAUGUAUUCUUGUUGGUCUGGGACAAUAAAUAUAUUUAUGAUC